CAUUCAACACUACGCGCGAGCGCCCAGACCCAUUAUGAGCGUCCGAGCCUUCAGCUGUGUCCUGCUGACAGAGAAGCCAGCGCUGGGCAAAGGGAAGGACAAAGCCGGGAUCCAGUGUGUGGAAUGGUGCUGCAAGAGCCUGUACAUAGGUGGGAAGGACAGCAUGGUCCAUCAGCUAAACCUGCCCAGUGCGUCCGCCACUGACGCCCCGAACAUCCGGGAGGUGAAGCGACGUCAGAUGGGCCGCAGCGGCACCGUCUCUCAGCUGAGGGCCAUACCGGUCCUCAACCACCUGCUGGUCCUCUGGGACGGUUCCGUCACCGCCCUGAACAUGUUCUCCUUAGAACCCGUGUCGCCGUUGAAGAAGAUCCAGAACGUGUCGUGCAUGGAGGUAGGCGGCUCCGUGUCCUCGACUCAGCCCGUGUACGUGGAGCUGAUCACGGCAUCGGUAAAGAGGCGGUCGAUCAGCAUCCACAGGGUCUACGUGGAUAAGUGGGAGUGUGUGAAACAGCUGCCGCUGGUGCAGGAACCACUGGCCCUGGCGGUCAGGGAGCCGCGUGUGUGCGUCGCCACGGCUGACAGGUACCUGCUGCUCGACUACGAGAGUGGACACACACUCGACCUGUUCCAGCACAACCUGACCAGGCAAAACCUGGUGGUCAAACAGGCAGGAGAGAGAGAGUUCCUGCUCAAUGGGCCUGGCUCACUGGGCAUGUUUGUGAUGUCAGAUGGCAUCUCCCAGCGUGCUCCAGUGCCGUGGCCGGCGGGCGUAGUGGACGCGGCGGCGUGCCACCCCUACACCCUGGUGCUGCAGGGCCAGGCGCAGGCCGUGCACGUCUACAGCACGCUGGACCAGCAGCUCAAGCAGGUCAUCCCCAUGCCCAGGGCCGCCACACUGACCCCCACCACAGAGGGGGUGUUUGUCAUCGCCGACAGAGAAAUUUACUGCCUGCGCCCGUGUGCCCUUGAGGAGCAGAUCGAGGCUCUGAUGGCGGAGGAGAGGAUGGACCAGGCUUUGGUCCUGCUGGACGGCGUUAGAGAGCUCCUGCCACAGCACUCAUACAAGGACCUGAGGAGGAACAUUUCCUGCAUGUUGGGAUUAAUGCACUUCUACCAGGAGAGUUUCACAGAGGCCAAAGGACUCCUGAUCGACGGUGACCUGGACCCGCGGGAGCUCCUCCGUCUGUACCCAGAGGUCAGCGACAUCUGUGGGGACUUCGACAGCCAGCUGCCGUCUGUCAGCACCAGCCGAGACCUGCGCGUCAUGAGCGGCGAGGACCGGGCCUCGUUCCAGCGCUUCCUCCACUUCCUGGCCGACUUCCUGCGGGCGGUCAGAGGCACCGCUCAGGGCCUGCCGUGUCGCUCGGACGUCGACUCCGCGCUGCUGAAAGUCUACCUGCAGUCGGGGGACAGCGAGAGGCUCGGUCAGCUGGUGACCUCUCCCAACGACUGCCAUCUUGAUCUGAGCGCAUCUGACCUGAGACAGCACAAAAGAUUUUUUGCCCUUGGACUGCUCUUCCAGAGUCACGGUCAACAUUUCGAUGCGAUUCAGACGUGGGUGCGGAUGGCUGAAGGGCAGUACGAUGACAGCUCGCGGACGGCGGCCGAUGUGUACGAGCACAUCCUGCGCACGCUGAGACAGCUGGACGACAGAGACACCUUCUGGAGGUUUGCAGAUUGGGCCUUGCAGAGAGAUCAAGAGGCAGGAGUCCAAAUCUUCAUGCAGGACACGGAGAGGCCCAUCUCACCCGGCCACGCGGACGAGGUCAUCCCUUUUUUACAGAAGUAUCCCGUGUCGUUGCUGCUGUAUCUGGAAUAUUUGGUGGGAGAAUUAAAAAGCAAGGACGAGGGCCAUCACACCCUUCUGGCACUGGCGUAUGUCUCCCGGAUCGUCCAGCAAAGUCCCGGAGAGGCGGCGGGGGACGCAUCGGCCGGCGAAGACGACAGACGCAAGCUGCAGCAGCUCCUGUGGCUGUCCGCUCACUGUGACGCGGUCGCCGUGCACGAUAAAAUCUCAUCCACAAAUUUACACACGGAGAAAGCCAUCCUGCUGGGGAAGACCGGGGAGCAUAAGAAGGCCCUGCAGAUCUUAGUCUACAAGGAGAAGGACGCGCAGGCGGCCGUGGACUACUGUUGGAGGACCUCUGCUGGCCGGGAGCGGGACUUCAGGCAGAGGCUCUUCCUCUCGCUGCUGCAGAUCUACCUGGACUCCGCGGCUGCAGGGGGCGCCGUGGCGGCGGAUCUGCUGAACCACCACGCCGAGGCGUUCGACGCGGCCGCCGUGCUGCAGGCGCUGCCGGCGGGCUGGUCCGUGCAGCUGGUGGGGAGCUUCCUGCAGGAGGCGCUGAGGAGCGCGUUCCACCAGAGGAGGAUGGGGCAGGUGGAGGCCGCCCUGACUACUGCAGUGCAGUGCAGGGUCAGGUCCACACGGACGGAGGCCUCGAACAGGAUGAUCAAACUGGAACGGGGCACCAGGUGCCAGGUCUGCCAGCGUCUACUCGCACGGCCCGAGUUUGUCUUCAUGCCAACGGGCGAGCUCGCCCACCUCCACUGCACCGCGGGUGGCAAAGGUGCCCUGCCAUCGUCAUAACACCAGUCUUGCAAAGGCAUGGGUCCCACACAAAGGCUGAAGUGCCCAUUUCUAUCAGAAAGGCUUAAAUCUCUAUCAGUCUCCAGAGGCCUACAUCUCUAUCAGACUCCAGAGGCCUACAUCUAUCAGACUCCAGAGGCCUACAUCUAUCAGACUCCAAAGGCCUACUGUACAUCUCUAUCAGACUCCAGAGGCCUACAGUACAUCUAUAUCAGACUCCAGAGGCCUACAACUAUCAGACUCCAAAGGCCUACUGUACAUCUCUAUCAGACUCCAGAGGCCUACAGUACAUCUAUAUCAGACUCCAGAGGCCUACAUCGCUAUCAGACUCCAAGGGCCUACAUCUCCAGCAGUCUCCAGAGGCCUAAAUCUCUAUCAGACUCCAAAGGCCUACAUUUCUAUCAGUCUCCAGAGGCCUACAUCUCUAUCAGUCUCCAGAGGCCUACAUCUCUAUCAGUCUCCAGAGGCUUAAAUCUCUAUCAGUCUCCAGAGGCCUACAUCUCUAUCAGUCUCCAGAGGCCUACAUCUACUGUAUAUCAGUCUCCAAAGGCUUAAAUCUCUAUACCAGUCUCCAGAGGCCUACAUCUAUAUCAGUCUCCAAAGGCUUAAAUCUCUAUACCAGUCUCCAGAGGCCUAUAUCUCUAAGACUCCAAAGGCCUCCAUAGGUCUGAAAUGACCCAAAGAAGAUUACAUUUUAGGAGUGAUCUGUAUCACCGUCUUGAUCCAGGAGGUGGUUAUGUUUUCACUUGGCGGGGGUCUGAGUGUUUUUCAAGUUAUUUACUGCUGCAAUCCACGCUCACUACUUUGGGUGUGCAAGUGAAGGGGUGGGGAUAUCGCUCCUAUGACCCACUCUCAUCUUCAAUCUUUCUGUAAAUGGCUGAAUAAUUAGAGUAACUAUAUGGAAAUAUGUGAAAUGAUACAUGGCCCAAGGCAAUGAGCUUUGAGCUUGAACUGUACUGUAUGUGAAAAGUGUGCAUGGGUAUAUGAGUGAAUAGUGUGCACGGACACA